AUGUGCUGCGGGCUCUUCGAGUGCUACCGCGAAAGAAUGGGCAAGGUGCGUCUCUUCAAGACGCCCGACUACACCGUCAAGCAGCCGCCCGAUGCGGUGGUCUGCAAACCCCCCGCCAACGGGAUCCUGUGUGCACCCUCGGCCAGCGGGAAGACCGUUCUCCUCGUCUCGAUGAUUUUGGAGCAGUACCAGGGCUGCUUUGAGCGCAUCUACAUCUUCUCGCCCUCGGUGGAGGUCGACUCCGCCUGGCAGCCCGUGAAGGACUACAUCAGGGACGAGCUGGGCGUGAACACGGACCGGGAGCAGUGCUGGUGGGAGGACUGGGACGAGGGGGCGCUUCGGAAGAUCAUCUCGGACCAGAAGCGCAUCACGCAGAAGAGCAAGGAGCUGGGCCUCAAAAAGCUCUACCAGGUUCUGGUGGUCCUCGAUGACCACGCCGAUAACCCCGCGGUCCACCGCAAGACCGGGGACGGCGUGCUGGACACGCUCUUCAUCCGCGGCCGACACUUCUGCAUCAACACCUGGGUGAGCACCCAGAAGCUGCGGCUCAUGAGCUCCGCCGUGCGGGUCAACGUGAUGUUUUACUGCGUCUUCCGCCUGCGGAACCAGCUGGGCUGGACGCCCUGGUGGAGGAGCUGA